AUGACACGGGUGGUACGGAGCGGCAGCUCAUCGAGGAUGAGCUCGCCAAAAAGCAAGCUGAGCUGGAGGAACUGGAGCAGAUGCGGCGAGAGGCUGGUUUUACACCGCGCACCUCACUGCGCCGCACCCCCCCCGCAAGGGUUUAGCACACUACCGGUCCAACAAAGCACCUUUACUGCUGCAGCAUCUAUCCCGACGGCCAAAAGGGUGUUAACCUCACCCGAGGACGUGCAGGAGGCGGUCAGGCGCCGCGUUGCAGAGAAGAAGUCGGUGCAUCCGCCAGUUAGUGGCAUACUAACAAAGCCUAUUCCAGACCCCGCCUCAACUUCAGGUAAUGCUUCGCGGUUCAGCUAUCCUGAUGGCUCCAGUGGCAUCUCAGUGCUGGACAAGGUUGCGCUUCUGGAGAGGGUACACACGGCUCUCAAAGGAAUCGCAACUGUCGCCAAUGCGAGCAACAAGCUCAACUUGGCUGAUAAGACCAGCAUUGUCAGCCUUAGCCAAGACAUCCUAGCGUACGUGGCAACGCUAGAGAUAAGGUAUGGCGAAAAGGAACAGGAGGUAACGGCCUUGAAGCUUAAGUGUGCGCAGCUGGAGCUUUCGGUUGCUCAAGCCCAGACCCUUCCUGCCCCUCAUAUCCCCUGUGUGGCCUCUUCAACUUCUUCCGCUGACAGUUAUGCCUCCAGAUUGAAGCUGCCUAAGGGUCAGCUAAACUUGCAAGGCUCCAAGGUGGCUAUCACUGAGCUUUCUGUCAUAGCUGGAGAACUGGGGUUGAAUCUAGUGCUAGUCCAGGAGCAACAUCAGCAUCCUCGAGUGCUAGGGUGUGGCACCAACCCUAAGGCCGACCUAUUACCAGUAAGCUCACGAUUUAUAGUUACACUUCUACAUGACUUAUGUAACGAACACUGUGUUGUAGGUCAUGUCAGCUGCCAGAGCCUUAGUAUGUACGUCGUAUCGUUAUACUGCCAGUACAGUCAUGACAUCUCUCUUCACCUGCAACAUCUCACACACGUGAUGGAUCAGCUUUCUGGUCACCCAAUACUUAUUGGAGUGGACAGUAACACUCAUUCUCUAAUGUGGCACUGCGAGCGCAGGCAAUGGGCAGGUCGUGGCCCCGACACGGAAUAUCGCAAGUCCCAGAUGGAGGGAUUCAUCCUCGGACGGAACUUGCUGGUGCAUAAUGUGAAGGGCCAACCGCCAACCUUUCAUAGUCCAAACGGCUCAUCCAACGUGGAUAUCACCAUCUCCACACGUAGUGUGAGGGUUGCCGCCUGGAAGGUGCAUGAGGGUGUCAGUGUGAGUGACCACCAGCUGAUAACGUUUGGCGUUAUCCUUGGUGACUCACGGAUGUAUGAUGGCACAGAGUUUUCAGACAACGGCUGUUACUUUCGUGAACGUGGUGUGAACUGGGGAGGAUUCUGUUCGACUCUGCACGCCCGCAUAUCCCAGCUGAGGCUAACGCUGCCCAGACUAAUGAAAUCUGUGAGCAGUACUCAGCAAUACUCUUUCGUACUGCGAGGGAGCGACUAG